AUGGUGGAAGUAACUCAGGCGGCAUCGCCGACCUCUUCGCUUAUCAGUUUGAUAAAGACCAUUUCUGGUGCAGGUCUCUUAUCAAUACCCUUUGCGUUCUCCACGGACGGCUUAGUCUGUGGCGUCCUCAUUAUCCUCCUAGCAGGUAUUACUUCAGGCUACGGUUUAUUUUUGCAGGUCUAUGUUUCCAAGUAUGUGCCUGCUGGGCAUGCUACAUUCUUCAACUUGUGUUCUAUCACUUAUCCAACGCUUAGUGUUGUGUUUGAUAUUGCCAUAGCAACACAGUGUUUUGGCUGUGCUAUAUCUUACUUGGUGUUGAUUGGUGAUUUGAUGCCCACCAUCAUUACUUCGGUGCCAUAUGUUAACCUGGAAUACUAUAAGCAGUUCUGGAUUAUUAUAUCUGCAUUCUUGUGCGUUCCACUUUCGCUCCUUAAGAACUUGGACUCGCUUAAAUACACAUCCGUGCUAGGUCUUGUUGCCAUUGGCUACAUGGCCCUUCUUGUUGUGGUACACUUUUUGGUUGGUGACGUACCGGAUUCUUAUAGAGGGGAAAUCACUCUUUUCCCACUGUCGGCUACAAAGGUGUUCUCGACGUUUUCCAUUGUCGUUUUUGCCUUUACUGGUCACCAGAAUAUGUUCUCCAUCAUUAACGAAGCCAGGAACAAGUCGCUUUCUUCACUUAGCACCUUGGUUAACCUUGCCAUUACCAUCCUGGCUGUGUUGUUCAUCAUUAUUGGCGUGGCUGGUUACUUGACCUUUGGUGAUCUCGUCAACGGUAACAUCAUUUUGCUGUACCCUAGUGCCUUUUCCACUACUGUUGGCAGAUUCUCGAUAGUCUUCAUGGUCGUUUUCUCAUUCCCAUUGAUGAUUCAUCCAGCAAGAAUCUCCGUGAACAACAUCUACUUCUGGAUUUUGGUUCAUGUGCUAGGCAAGACGCUCGAGGAAGAGGGUCACGACAGUGAACAUCAAGAGUCUGAGAACCACGAUGAGACUAGCCCUCUUAUUCCAAGUUCAAAAGCUUACAUUGUUCCCUUCCCAGAUUCUACAUUCUAUGGUAUCACUGCAUUAUUGCUCGUGGUAGGGUACACUGCCGCAGUGAGCAUAAAAUCGUUUGCACUCGUUUUGGCUGUUGUAGGUGCAACAGGUUCAACCGCCAUUUCCUUUAUCUUGCCCGGUCUCUUCGGAUACAAAUUAAUCGGAUCCGAAUCUGAUGAUCCAAAUAAGCUCGAACAAACGCUCAAAACCUUGGGAUUAGUUCUUUCCGUGUGGGGAUUCGCAGUGAUGGUUGUUUGUCUCUACUCGAGUUUAGCAUUGUGA